ACGCAUUUUCAUAGAAAGUCAAAAAUCCCAAACACCCUCUUAAUCACCCACCAAAUCUAUUUUCGUCUCCUUUCCUUCAGUUGCCAAACGCACUGUUAACAACUGUGGUGGAGGGUGUUGGACGGGGUUUGAGAGUCUCAAAACGAGCUUAGGAAUUUCCAACGAUAAAAGAGAGAGAGAGAGAUGGGCUGCUUAUGCAGACCCUUCUCGCCGCCGCAUUUCCCUUCACCACCACCACCCACCACCACUCUUUUAUUGUCACUGCGCCCCAACUCCACCAUUUUCUCCUCCUCCGCCCCCGACCACCGUGACCGUCGCUCUUCUCUCUCUCUCCAUUCUAAUAUUACCCCAAAACGUCAUUUUUCAUCUACCUCUUCCUUCCUCAUAAACCCUAAUCUUUCUCUCUAUCCUCUCCUUCCUCUCUCUCCCCUACCAUACGGCGGCGCCGGCAACAACAACAACAACAACCAUGGUGGUGGCGGCAGUGGCGGCGGUGAUUGGAGCAAUUCCUUCGAUCCCGACGAGUGGCCGCGAAAGGAUUCUACUGAUGUUCUCAUAUUCCUCUGCUCUCGUGCGUUUGCGAAUGACGAUGCAACAAUUAGCUCUUCGCACAAGCACUUGUUCUUCUUCUUUGUGUCUUUGUUGGGUAGUUUUGGCUACUUCCAAUUGGCUUCGGCUCAAGCAAGAACUAGCACUACUGCUGCCGAUGAAAAGGAACAAGUAUCUUUUGUUUGGGAAGUGAAGGGAGGGAAAUGGAUCAAACUCAUCGCUGACUAUUUUAACGAUGCAUUUGUUGUUUCAAAUGGAAAAAAUUCAUCGUCUUUGUCAUCAAUUGGUGGUAAUGAUGCUGAGCAAUCAUUCGCUUUUCGGGUUGGCUCCGAUUUGUGGAUGCAAUGCAGGAAUUUAUGCGUGCGUUUGAUGCUCCCCGAAGGUUUUCCUCACAGUGUCACCAGCGAUUACUUGGAGUACUCUCUUUGGAGAGGAGUUCAAGGUGUUGCAGCCCAAAUUAGUGGCGUCCUUGCCACCCAGUCUUUACUUUAUGCUGUUGGGUUGGGAAAAGGGGCCAUUCCAACUGCAGCGGCUGUGAAUUGGGUACUCAAGGAUGGAAUUGGUUAUCUCAGCAAAAUCCUGUUGUCAAAGUAUGGUCGCCAUUUUGAUGUCAAUCCAAAGGGAUGGAGAUUAUUUGCUGACUUGUUGGAAAAUGCUGCAUAUGGAAUGGAGAUUGUAACUCCUGCAUUUCCUCAUCUCUUUGUUCUAAUCGGUGCUGCUGCUGGAGCUGGACGAUCAGCUGCUGCACUGAUCCAGGCCGCUACCAGGAGCUGUUUCUAUGCUGGCUUUGCGGCUCAGAGGAAUUUUGCUGAGGUAAUUGCAAAGGGUGAAGCUCAGGGAAUGGUGAGCAAAUCUAUUGGUAUCAUGCUUGGCAUAGCAUUAGCUAACUGCAUACAGUCCUCUACACCUCUUGCUCUUGCUUCUUUUGGUGUGGUAACUUGGAUACACAUGUACUGCAAUCUGAAGUCAUAUCAAUCCAUUCAACUAAGGACUCUGAAUCCAUAUCGUGCAAGUUUGGUCUUCAGUGAAUAUUUGCUUAGUGGUCUAGUUCCUUCAAUUAAAGAGGUUAAUGAUGAGGAACCACUUUUUCCAGCUGUACCAAUUCUUAAUGUGAAUCCUGCACGCAAAGCACAAUUAGAAGUACUGUCUGCAGAAGCCAUGGAUGCAGCUGCUAAUAUCGAGGGUCGGCUGCAGCUGGGGUCCAAACUCUCUGAUGUUGUUAAAAGUGAGGAUGAUGCACUUGCAUUGUUUGACCUCUUCAGAGAUGAAGGCUAUAUUUUGACCGAGCAUGAGCAAAGAUUUUGUGUAAUACUCAAAGAAAGUUCCUUGCCACAAGACAUGCUCAAGUCAUUGUUCCAUGUCAGUUAUCUGUAUUGGUUAGAGAAAAACGCAGGAAUCAAAACAAGGAGCAUGGUUGAUGACUGCAGACCAGGGGGGAAGCUGCAAAUAUCUCUGGAGUACAUUCAAAGGGAAUUCAACCAUGUCAAAAAUGAUGGGCAACUAGCCGGUUGGGCGACUGAUGGUCUCAUCGCAAGGCCUUUGCCUAACAGAAUCCGUCCUGGUUGUGCUUCCUCUGAUGUGGAAUGCUAACAUUAUACACAGAAGGUGGCCAUUCCCGAGCAACAAAUGAGGGAAGAAAAUGCCUUCAAUCAUAAUAGGACUGCUUGUACCUGUCUGCUACGGUACAACCUCUUUGAGCCACCUAGUCCAUGCUGCGGAGAGUUGUGCCAUGGAGUUUUGUCUCGAGGGGAAGAUGGAAUGUAGAAGUUGACAUCAUGGAAAGGCUAGAUAGUGUUGAGUAUUGUCAAUAUAAUUUAUCCAACGUUGGUGAAUCGCACCUCCCUGAAGAUGUUGACAGAUGAUUGAAAGGUGCUGUUGGGCUGGGACUUGGCGGAGCAUUGCAUUUUGUUUCAGAAAUGAUUUGCUGCUAAAUUUCAGAACAGCAUCCAUUCAUUUUGAUAUUGAUUGGUGUUUGUCUUAGAUUAUAGAAAAAGUAUGACAUUGAAUUUUGAUAGUUGUUGCCAUUCAUUGCUGUCCUGAAAUGUUGUAACAUAUAAACCAGUUACCAAAUAGGGCAUUCUAUAGGGCGCCUCCAUUUACACACCACCUUUCAUCUCAA